CGGUAAUGCUCCAGUUCGUGAACCUUGAGGAGAAGACGAAGACGUAGGUUGUUUGUGGCAGCCAUGCUCGAUAACUAGACAGCUAGUUUUCAGAAAAGAGAAGUAGAUUUUGGAUAUUUUGGAACGCACCGUAAGAAAGAAGAGACAGUCACUAUAGCGGUGGGUCUCACUUCAAGGCGAGGGUUUUAGUUUCCUUUAAGCGACGCGUACUGAAAGUGUUAGCUAAGGCUAGUAAGCACAAGCUAACAUGUCAGUGUAUUGCUGUGAGUUGAUCACGGUACAUCUGCAGUGGUGACACCAUGCUCUUUGAGGCUGCAGCAGUCAGUGAUUGACGUAUUCAACGAAGAUCCUGCCAACUCUGCUGUCGUCAUGGGAACAACGAUGAGCGAGCCGUGUAUCUAUGACAAGCUGUCCGAGAGCAUCGAUAUUCUCCGUCAGUCAGGCUACCGCUACGGCAUGUCGGAGAGGGAGAUUGAGAGGUUCAUCAAACAGGUCUUGGAAACCAACGAGCCCAGGAGAGAGCCUCCCCAGUUCCCCAUCCUGAGGGCCACCAUUAAGUUUGUGGUGGCAGUGGGCUUCCUGCUGGUGGCUGUGCUGGCCUUCACAUACCCUCAGAGCACCCCACAGCUAGGUCUGGUCAACCUGGGCUGUUACAACUGGUCCUCCCCCCUCAGCCACGUCCGCCUCCUGUCCUUGCCUAUUGCCAAGAAGUACAACCUGCAAGGUUUCCAUGAAUGGUGGAAUGCUGCCUCUCUCAGGCAGAAUCUGGUCAACUGUUCGAGCUGUGCAGAGAUUUCCUCUGUGCUGGAAGUCCCGGAGAGCCUCAGAGGAACUGUGACUUUGCGACGGGGGCCACAGCUGGUCCUGCUGAAGGGUGGGGAAUCCCUCAGUGUCCAGCGGCAGCAGCUUGAGGAGCUCUACUUGGCCCAUUCAGGCUCCAUGUCUGUUCUGCUGGAAGAGGAUGACGGUCUGCAGAACCACAAUCUUGACCUCCCUCAGGGACCCGCCAACUUCACUCUACUCUGGAGGUUCAGCUCUGGGACCAGGGAGAAGGUGCUGAGGUGGCUCUUCCCGAAGGCAGAGCUCUGCCCCCUGCUGGACAGUGCCGGGACCAUCGUGCAGCGCUGCCUGGUCACGCACAGCACCAACUCCCAGAGCAAGGGUAUCGGGGUGUUUGGUUGGCUCGUGGUGGGGGAGGGGCUUCCAACAGUUCGAGUUCUUCCUGUUCAGCGCUGUCAGAAACACUGCAGCUCCUUCAACCUGUGGCUGACACCUGGAGACAUGGUGUACGCCGACCCUCGGUACUGGCAGAUGGAGCUGUUCCCCGGCCGAGGCCAGAACAUCAUCUGUGAUGGAUCGGCCUUUUAACCUUCAGGUGGAGCGGAACGGAGGAGGGACAGUUCAGGGCUUGGGUGUGGUUGUUUGAGUUCCUGCUGAGACGAUUUCAGAGCUUGUCGGCCUUUGUGUGGCCUUGCCCACUGAUGAUGCCUUACAACCCUCCUUUUGUUUUGUAUUUUUCUCUUUUUGAUGCUGCACCCAUCUGGUUAGCCUUCCAUUGUCCUCAGAAAACUGGAAACCACUGCAUGCUUGACUUCAAAGGUCUAGAGGAUUUAAAAGCGACUUUUUGAGUUUGUCCUUUAUGUAUAACAGCAACAACAACAUCAACACACUUUAAACUCUGUGACUCUCAGAUGUGUUGGAUGUGCUGCACUUGUGCCAUAGUUUCAAGCAGAUCUUUAGCGCUUUAAAAAAAAAAACAAAAGAAGAACUCAUUGGGUGUAUUUCUCUUUCAGAAGGUAGUGAAACUCUUAGUGCUUUGGCAUUCGUCUGGUUCCAGAACUCUAAAUCACGGCCCACAUAUGCGACCUGUUCGCUGAUUUAAAAACAGGUGUGGUGUUGUGCUCAUUGACGCCUGUGGCCUCUGUAACUAGUCAGAGCUUUGUAGCUUGGGAUUGAGUAUGGGGACAUUUAAUUUGGACGAAAUGUUAAUGUAAAUUCGCUUAAAGGAAUAAAUUAUCAUGUCCUUUUCCCUCAUUUAGGCAAACAAACAAACAAAAAAAUGAACAGAAUGUAUGAAUAUGCAAAAAUGUGUCAUUUCACAAGUUUAGCUGCUGGACACAAGAAACUUCAAGUUUCCUCAUCGCUCUUAUGUAUGCUGAGUACUGGACCAGAAACGGCUUCCAAACCCUUUGCGAUGUCCCGAAUCAAGAUCGUAGGCUCUGCCUCCUAAAAUCACAAAUUUACAUUCUGAGCUAUAAAUGUGAAUAGUGUCAGACUGCACAGACAGUGAAACUCAAAUAUUCAACUGGAGGAACAGGAAGAAAAACAUUUCUAACUGCUGAGGGGGGCUUGAGGUGAGCUGCUGCGAGGAAAUGCUGAUUUGUGUCGACUUAACGUGAUGUUAACAGGACAGAUUAGUCACUGCCCCUCGCAAUCUCACAGCUAACAUGAAGACCAAGACAGACUGAAGAAUGAAAAGAAACAGUAGAUAGUAGAUAUUCUGUCUGAUUAUCAGGACACCUGCAGCCCUGGAUAUUACAAUAAGCUAGUUAACACAGGGAGUUGGAUAAGGCCUGACCCUUGCUCGAUAUGUUCAUCUUUGCAUCUUUCUGCAGUGCACUCAAGGAAUGAAGUGUUUUUGGUGUUUGUACAUGUUGGACGUUCACUACCUCCUGAAGUUGUGAGAUACAUCUGCACUUUUAUUGCUUCUCAUCUGGCUCGUUGUUUGAUGUUCAAGGGUCAGUUUACACAAGUUACACAUGUGCCACAAUUUUCUGGUGGUACCUCGUACACAAUGUCACAGUUCACAGUGAUUUUUCUGACAAAUAUUGUAAUUGUUUUCUCCAUCUGUCCAGACUCCAUCCAGACUUGUUUAGUCAACUUAAUUUUAUUUAUAUGGCCCAAUAUCAGGUAUGCCAGUUCGCCUCGAGGAGCUUUACAACAUAUGAUGCCCUCUGGCCUGACCCUCAAUUUGCAAAAACAAAAAGUGACUGAAAAGAACAUAAAGUCAUGUGCUUCUUGUUGAUGACUUCCAUGGUUUGUUUGCAGAAGACAGCUUCUCUAGAGAGAAAUCGCUAAUGUAGCUCACAUUUGAGAUAUUACAGAAGAAAGCUGCUUUAAUACUGCUCACUGUCACCAUUUGUCAUUGAGAGAUCACCUCGACAGUUUGCGUUGAUUCUCAUGCAACAACACACAUUCCACUGCUAGGGCGUUGUUUGUCCUGCACAAGGAAAAAUGGUACACACAUCAGCUGAGAGAUUCAUUUUGGUGUAAACACAAUUCUUUCCAGCUGAGUAAAAGUUGUUUUUCCUUCAGAAAAUACCCCGAAAAAGCACAAAUCUUAUAACUGCAAGCAUUUGAUUGGAGAGGGAAAAGAGAAGAUGUGUAUGCUUUGUAAUUUGGACGAAUUGACCCUUUAACUCAUUACUUAACCUAACUCACAGCAUCAUCAUUCAUUUAUAUCCUUCAUGUUUGUCAAGAUCAGCUUCAGAUAUUCUUUUUAAUUGUGAUUUUACUGAUUUAACAAACAAUGCUGCUUCUCUAUUUCCAGUGUCUUUAUUUAUUAUUCUGAUUGUAUGUAAUAUAUAUGUUCAAGCCAUUCAUUUUAAUUAUAAUGUGUUGUAAUAUUGUUAUGCUUUGAUCAGUUGUGGUGAUCAGUAGAGUGCAGGCAGGUUAGCAUCACCAUGAAGCUGUGAAGCUGAAAUAUUUUGUGGUUGAUAAGGGUUUCAGUGGGUCGUCUGAAUAAUAUGAAAUCAGUUUGCCAAAGGUUAUGCCUGUCAGUUUAAAAGAUGCACUGCCUCGUUUUGUUUUCAAACCACUUGGGAGUGAUCUUUUAAGAUGUUUGCUUUGCAUAGAAAUGUCAUAGUUUUAUGAGAAAAUUAAAACUGUAUUUGCUUCCA